UUCACAGUAUUUUUGGCUAUUUUCUCUUAAUCUUUACAAUCAAUUUCUUACAUCAUAAUUUUGCCUCAACUUUUUGAAUUGCCAAUCAAAAGGGUGCUCAACUUUUUGGAGCUUACGAUUUUAAUUUCAAAAAAUUUUCUUUACAUAUUUUAUCUUUUUCAGAAAAAUUUGAAAAGUUAAACAUGUCGAAUAAUAACUAAAAAAAAUUCAUUAACAAAAUCAUUGAUUAAAAAAAGUUUGGUUAGUUCAAAUUCAUGAAGCAUAGGAUUUAUUGGGGAUGAUUGUAGUUUAGGAUGAGAUCCUAUGUACCAAGUGGGUGUACUGUAAAUGAAAUUGGUUCAUGAGGAACCACUCCCUCUUUGGUGGAGGUCAUUUUCAAUUUUUAAACUUGAGUGGAGUUUUGCGUAAUUAUAAAAAUCCUGAGGAGAGCUCAUUGGAAUUUGCCCAAAGUAGAUUUGUAAGGACUUUCAUGGUUCCCCCUGUUCAGUCAAUCCAUCUACACUAUCUCUAUCUCUAUCUCUACCCCUCAAUCUUGAGUUUGCUAGUUCCUGUGUUCUGGCUCUAUCUCUUUCUUCUUCACACUUUAUAAUUUAUAUUCAGAUCCCACCAAUAUGGUUAAUUCUUGAAAGCAUUAAAGUAGGAUUUCAAAGUUGAAAAAAAGAGUGUGCCUAGCUAAUUUUUUCAGAUAUAGAGAGCUUUCUCUUCUCAAAUUUGAGUUGCAUCAACUAAUCAAAUAGACAUUGUGGCAUUGAGAAUAUCAGAAUACAUCCGCUACUAAUUCUAGUGGCUCUUCGACUUGCCACAAGGAUACGAAGAGCUUUAUCUUGUCAAAUUUGAAUCGCAUCACCAUCACUUCAACAUCUUUUGGGAAUAUCAGACGAAAUAACCCCUGGCUGAAAAUGUGUACUCCUCAAUGCAUAUGUGAGAAGUUGGGAGGUCUAGGCUUUGAGGAAGCGAUCAAAGCAGGGAAAUAUGUUCGUCACUACUCAAAGAACCUCCAGAAGCUGAAAGAUAAAUUGAAAGAUCUUGACGAUUGUAUGGAAAUAAUCACAAGAGAAGUUAGUGUGGCCGAUGUUUGUGGUGACGAGAUUGAGGUUAGUGUUUCGCACUGGCAAACAAAAGCAAACAAAUUCAAAGCUGAUAAUGAGAAACUUAUCGGAGAAAGUACUACUAAGGCCAGCAUAUCUUGUUUUGCAUGCUCAUGUCCUAACAUCGUGUGGCGGUACAAAUUUAGCAAACAGGCAGAAGAGAUGAUAGCGGAUGCUGUUGAACUCAUUGGGACAUACAACAAUUUUAAUCAUCAAAUUUCCCACCCUAGGGAUCACUACGCGGAGAACUACGCGGAGAACCUCCAGAAGCUGAAAGAUAAACUGAGAGAUCUUGACGAUUGUAGGGGAACAAUCACAAGAAAAGUUAGCGAGGCCAAUGAUCGCGGUGACGAGAUUGAGGUUAAUGUUCCGCACUGGCAAACAGACGCAGGCAGUUUGAUAGAUGAUAUUGAGCGACUUAUCAGGGAAAGUACUACUAAGGCCAACAUAUGUUCCACGUCUGACAUCACGUGGCAGUACAAUUUUAGCAAACAAGCAGAAGAGAAGAUAGCGGAUGCUGAUGGACUCAUUAUUAAAUACAACAAUUUUUAUCAAAUUUCCCACCCUAGGCCGCGUCCUCCAGAACUUGAAUCUCUAUCCGAUAAGAAUUAUGUUAACUUUGAUUCUAGAGCAUCAAUUUUCAAGGAUAUUAUGGAUGCAUUAAAAGAUUCAAACGUUAACAUGAUUGGUGUGUUUGGCCUAGGUGGGGUCGGUAAGACCACAUUAGUCAAGGAGGUGGGCGAACAAAUGCGAAAAGAUGGAACUUUUAAGCAAAUUGCAAUGGCAGUUGUCUCUAAGGAUCUCAAUGUGAAGCAAGUACAAUCAAAAUUAGCUGACAACUUAAAUUUUGAAUUCAAGGCCAAGGCGGAUGAUCAAGAGAGAAGGGCAACUGAAUUAUGGAAUAAAUUCACAAACGGGGAUAAAUAUCUCAUCAUAUUGGAUGAUAUUUGGGAAAAAGUGGAUCUGAAGGCAAUAGGUAUUCCUAUCACGGAUGGAAAGACAGGAUGCAAAGUUGUGUUAACAUCUCGAAAUGAGUAUUUGUUGUCUAGCAGAAUGGAAGUCAAUAGAAAUUUCUCAAUUGGAGAACUGUUGAGUGCCGAAGCAUGGACCCUAUUCACGAAGAAGGUAGGAAACUCUUUCGAGUCUCAACCAGAACUAUAUUAUCUAGCAUACAAAGUGUGCACAAAAUGUAAAGGUUUGCCGAUCGCAGUAAAUGCACUUGGCGAAGCAUUGAAAGGUAAGCAAAAACAUGCGUGGACGACAGCACUCGAUAAGCUGGAGAAGUACAUGCUCACAAAAAUUGAGGGCAUUGACCCAAGUGUAUUGGCCUCAUUAAGGGUGAGUUAUGAUAUGUUACACUCCCCGGAUGCAAAAUCCUGUUUCUUGCUCUGUUGUUUGUUUGCUGAGGAUGCGGAGAUUCCCAUCGAUGAAUUGAUGAGACUUUGUGUUACUAGGAAUUUGCUUGAUCAAAACUCAUGUACACUUGAUAAAGCAAGAAAUGCCGUGCGUACAGUGGUUGAUACCCUAAAAUCAGCUUCUUUGUUGACAAUUGGCGGUCAUGAAACUGUUGUCCAAAUCCAUGAUGUCAUAAGAGAUGUUGGUAUCUCAAUUGCACGUGAGGAAGAAGCAUUUCUGGUAGACCAUGGUGCCCUUCGAUGGCCAUGGAAUCCCACAAAUGGGCCAUCGUACAAAACAAUGUCAUUAAGUUUCAAAAAUAUUAAAGGGCUUCCAGAUGGGUUGGUAUAUCCACAACUGGAAACCUUAAUGGUUGACAAUAGCGAACUUUCCGAUCUUGAGGUUCCAGACAAUUUUUUCAAUGGAAUGAUCCAACUUACAGUGUUGACUUUUACUCGAAUGCGUAUGCGGCGACUCCCGUCAUCACUUGCAAAAUUGGUGAACCUUCGGAUGCUAUAUCUGAAUAAAUGCGAGUUGGAUGAUAUUUCUAUACUUAAGGAGUUGAAGAGUAACCUUGAAGUGCUCAGCCUCAGGGGUUCUAAUAUCGAGGCAUUGCCGCUAGAGAUCGGACAGUUAACUGAUCUACGAGUGUUAGAUCUCCAAAAUUGUGACAGACUCAAGAUGAUUCCUGGAGGUGUCAUGUCCAAUUUGACUAGCUUGGAGGAAUUGUACUUUCCACAAAAUUUCGACAAAUGGGAUGCCACAACUGACAAGCAACAAGGCACGAGCAGUAGAGAAAAUGUGAGCCUUGAGGAGCUGAGACGGUCAUUGAGUAUUGGUAAAUUAACCACUUUACAUAUCUUUAUACCAGAUGUCAUGCUAUUACCGAAGCCGGACCUAAUAUUUGGGAACCUGAAGGGAUUUAAGAUAUCAGUGGGUAAUAAAUUCGAACAUUGGGAUAAUUUUUCUAAAUUCGGACUUUGGAAUUUUUUUUCUGGAAGAUGCACGUUGAAAUUGGAACAUAUUGAUCGGUUAAGAAAUGAGUUCAUCCCUUUGGUGGACAAAGCUGAAGUGGUAGUCCUCAGUAAGAUUGAGGGUUUGAAGAAGGUGUUUCGUGAUAGAGGUGUUGAAAAUAGAUUUCUUGACUUGAAAUACCUCAAAGUUACAUCAUGUGUUGAGGACUUGAAAUAUCUUCUUGGUGAGUCAAAAUCAUCCGUGCAAAGUCAUGGACUUCAUCACUCACAGCCAUUCAAAAAUUUAACUACGUUAAUUAUUGAACAAUGUAAGUUAAAGUAUCUCUUCUCCGCAACCACCGUAAAAGGACUUGUCCACCUGGAAUAUCUAAGGGUAAUGUCCUGUAAAAUCAUGGAGGAAAUAGUUGGAUUUGAAAGACGAAAUGAUGAAGAUGAACUCACCAAUGAGGUGAAGUUCAGUAAACUGAAGCACCUGGAAUUGGAAGAUCUACCAAAUCUCUUAAGCUUUUAUGCCCAAAAGGAGAAGAUGGAAACAAUCAUGGGAAGCACUUCUUCCCGUGCCCAACCUUUUCUCAGUGAAAAGGUUGCUUUUCCUGUCCUGAAAAGCUUGUCGUUGGAUAAAUUAGAUAAGAUAACAAGGAUUUGGGACAACCAACCACUCUCAGAACCAGAAAAAGAAGCUAAAUCCUUCUGCGAACUUGAGGUCAUUUCUGUUUGGAGAUGUGAGGACUUGGAGUAUGUAUUGCCCUUCUAUAUGCUUCCUCGGUUAACGAAUCUGCAACAUCUCGGGAUACGGAAUUGUAGGAAGAUGGAGGUGAUAAUCUCAAACAACCCGAAGGAGAAAGAAGCCACCAACAACAAUGAUACCAUUCGGUUCCCUCAGUUAAACGAAGUGGAGCUCGAGGAGUUGCCUAAUCUCAAAAGUUUCAUGUGUUGUGAUGAAACGCAACUCUUGUUCUCCAACAAGGUUAUUUUCCCCAUGUUGGAGACAUUGAGCAUUCGAAAGGUGCAUAAAAUAAUUGAGAUUUGGGACAAGCAAUCAAUAGCAGUCUUAGAAGAACAAGGGUCUUUCUGCCAACUGAUGGAUUUGGAUAUCUCUGAAUGCGAGAAACUGAUGCAUGUGUUUCCUUUCAAAAUGCAUUCACGGUUAAAGAAUCUGAAAGUGCUACGCGUGAGUGACUGUCCAACCAUGGAGGGAAUAGUUGAAUUUGAGGGAGAUGAAGAUGGACUCAGAAAUGAGGUAUGUUUUAGCGAAUUGAGUUCCUUGGAAUUGUCCAGUCUACCAAACCUUGAAAGCUUCUGUACCAAAUUGGGGAACGCGGGCACAAUUGAAGGCAACUCUACUAUCUAUGCACUACCUUUAUUCAACGGAAAGGUUGCUUUCCCUGUUCUGAAAACUUUACAAUUUAAAGAUUUACAAAAGAUAACAAGGAUUUGGGACAACCAACCACUCUCAGAAUCAGAAAAAGAAGCUAAAUCCUUCUGCCAACUUAUGAAGAUUAAGGUUGAGGAUUGUGACCAAUUGGAGUAUGUAUUGCCCUCAUAUAUGGUUUCGCAGUUAAAGAAUCUGCAAAAACUCAAGAUAUCGGGUUGUGAGAAGAUGGAGGUGAUCAUAAUCUCAAACAACCCGAAGGAGAAAGAAGCCACCAACAACAGUGAUACCUUUCGGUUCCCUCAGUUAAAGACUCUUGCACUCGGAGAUUUGCCUAAUCUCAAAAGUUUCAUAUGUAGUGAUGAAACGCAACUCUUGUUCUCCAACAAGGUUAUUUUCCCCGUGUUGAACAAAUUGAGCAUUCGAAAGAUGCAUAAAAUAAUUGAGAUUUGGGACAAGCAAUCAAUAGCAGUCUUAGAAGAACAAGGGUUUUUCUGCCAACUGACGGAUUUGGAUGUCUCCGAAUGCGAGAAAUUGAUGCAUGUGUUUCCUUCCAAAAUGCAUUCACCGUUAAAGAAUCUGAAAGUGCUACGCGUGAGUGAUUGUCCAAUCAUGGAGGGAAUAGUUGAAUUUGAGGGAGAGAUAGAUGAAGAUGGACUUAGAAAUGAGGAAUGUUUUAGCAAAUUGAGUUCCUUGGAAUUAUCCAGUCUACCAAACCUUGAAAGCUUCUGUACCAAAUUGGGGAAGGCGGGCACAACUGAAGGCAACUCUACUAUCCAUGCACUACCUUUAUUCAACGGAAAGGUUGCUUUCCCUAUUCUGAAAACUUUAAAAUUUGAAGAUUUACAUAAGAUAACAAGGAUUUGGGACAACCAAACACUCUCAGAACCAGAAAAAGAAGUUAAAUCCUUCUCUGAACUUGAGAGCAUUUUAGUUCAGAGAUGUGGGGACAUGGAGUAUGUAUUGCCCUUCUAUAUGCUUCCUCAGUUAACGAAUCUGCAAAAUCUCUGGAUAUGGAAUUGUAGGAAGAUGGAGGUGAUCAUAAUCUCAAACAACCCGAAGGAGAAAGAAGCCACCAACAACAAUUAUACCAUUCGGUUCCCUCAGUUAAAGACCCUUGCACUCGAAGAUUUGCCUAAUCUCAAAAGUUUCAUAUGUAGUGAUGAAACGCAACUCUUGUUCUCCAACAAGGUUGCUUUUCCUGUCCUGAAAAGCUUGUGGUUGUGUAAAUUAGAUAAGAUAACAAGGAUUUGGGACAACCAACCACUCUCAGAACCAGAAAAAGAAGCUAAAUCCUUCUCUGAACUUGAGAGCAUUUUAGUUCAGAGAUGUGAGGACAUGGAGUAUGUAUUGCCCUUCUAUAUGCUUCCUCUGUUAACGAAUCUGCAAAAUCUCUCGAUACAGAAUUGUAGGAAGAUGGAGGUGAUCAUAAUCUCAAACAACCCGAAGGAGAAAGAAGCCACCAACAACAGUGAUACCUUUCGGUUCCCUCAGUUAAAGACUCUUGCACUCGGAGAUUUGCCUAAUCUCAAAAGUUUCAUAUGUAGUGAUGAAACGCAACUCUUGUUCUCCAACAAGGUUGCUUUUCCUGUCCUGAAAAGCUUGUGGUUGUGUAAAUUAGAUAAGAUAACAAGGAUUUGGGACAACCAACCACUCUCAGAACCAGAAAAAGAAGCUAAAUCCUUCUCUGAACUUGAGAGCAUUUUAGUUCAGAGAUGUGAGGACAUGGAGUAUGUAUUGUCCUUCUAUAUGCUUCCUCAGUUAACGAAUCUGCAAAAUCUCUUGAUAUGGAUUUGUAGGAAGAUGGAGGUGAUCAUAAUCUCAAACAACCCGAAGGAGAAAGAAGCCACCAACAACAAUGAUACCAUUCGGUUCCUUCAUUUAAAGAACCUGCGACUCACGGAUUUGCCUAAUCUCAAAAGUUUCAUAUGUAGUGAUGAAACGCAACUCUUGUUCUCCAACAAGGUUAUUUUCCCCGUGUUGAAGAAACUGAGCAUUCGAAAGGUGCAUAAAAUAAUUGAGAUUUGGGACAAGCAAUCAAUAGCAGUGUUAGAAGAACAAGGGUCUUUCUGCCAACUGAAGGAUUUGGAUGUCUCUGAAUGCGAGAAACUGAUGCAUGUGUUUCCUUCCAAAAUGCAUUCACCGUUAAAGAAUGUGAAAGUGCUACACGUGAGUGAUUGUCCAACCAUGGAGGGAAUAGUUGAAUCUGAGGGAGAGAUAGAUGAAGAUGGACUCAUAAAUGAGGUAUGUUUUAGCGAAUUGAGUUCCUUGGAAUUGUCCAAUCUACCAAAUCUUGAAAGCUUCUGUACCAAAUUGGGGAAGGCGGGCACAACUGAAGGCAACUCUACUAUCGAUGCACUACCUUUAAUCAAUGGAAAGGUUGCUUUCCCUGUUCUGGAAACUUUAAAAUUUAAAGAUUUACAUAAGAUAACAAGGAUUUGGGACGAGCAACCACUUUCAGAACAAGAAAAAGAAGCUAAAUCCUUCUGCAAACUUACGAACAUUUGUGUUGUUGGUUGUGAGGACUUGGAGUAUGUAUUGCCCUUGUAUAUGCUUCGUCAUUUAAUGAUUCUGCAAAAUCUCACCAUAACUGAUUGUACGAAGAUGGAGGUGAUAAUCUCAAACAACCUGAAGGAGAAAGAAGCCACCAACAACAAUCCUACCAUUCGGUUCCCUCAGUUAAAGACCCUGAAACUCGAGGAUUUGCCUAAUCUCAAAAGUUUCAUAUGUGGUGAAACGCAACUCUUCUUCUCCGACAAGGUUAUUUUCCCCGUGUUGAACAAAUUGAGCAUUCGAAAGAUGCAUAAAAUAAUUGAGAUUUGGGACAAGCAAUCAAUAGCAGUCUUAGAAGAACAAGGGUUUUUCUGCCAACUGACGGAUUUGGAUGUCUCCGAAUGCGAGAAAUUGAUGCAUGUGUUUCCUUCCAAAAUGCAUUCACCGUUAAAGAAUCUGAAAGUGCUACGCGUGAGUGAUUGUCCAAUCAUGGAGGGAAUAGUUGAAUUUGAGGGAGAGAUAGAUGAAGAUGGACUCAGAAAUGAGGAAUGUUUUAGCAAAUUGAGUUCCUUGGAAUUAUCCAGUCUACCAAACCUUGAAAGCUUCUGUACCAAAUUGGGGAAGGCACGCACAACUGAAGGCAACUCUACUAUCCAUGCACUACCUUUAUUCAACAGAAAGGUUGCUUUUCCUGUCCUGGAAAGUUUGGAUUUUAAGAAUUUAUCGAAGAUAACAAGGAUUUGGGACGAGCAACCACUUUCAGAACAAGAAAAAGAAGCUAAAUCCUUCUGCAAACUUAUGGAGAUUAAAGUUGAGGAUUGUGACCAAUUGGAGUAUGUAUUGCCCUUGUAUAUGUUUCCUCAGUUAAAGAAUCUGCAAAGACUCGACAUAUGGAAUUGUUGGAAGAUGGAGGUGAUAAUCUCAACCAAUCCGAAGCAGAAAGAAGCCACCAACAACAAUGAUACCAUUCGGUUCCCUCGGUUAGAGAAAGUGUCGUUUUGGGGCAUGCCUAAUCUCAAAAGUUUCAUAUGUUGUGAAACACAACUCUUCUUCUCCAACAAGGAUGCAUUCCCAGUGUUGGAGGAAAUAGAUCUCGAUGAAGAUUCAGAGAUUUUGGAGAACAACAAAAUGGCAGACACUUCUGCUGCUCAAGCUAGGAAAGGCAAAGAUAUCCAAGGAAUUCCUUGGGAGAGGCUUAAUAUCACAAGGGAAAAGUAUAGGCAAACUAGGCUAGAACAGUACAAGAAUUAUGAGGACAUCCCUCAAUCUGGCAAGGGGUCAAAGAAAGAUUGCAAUGUCACAAUGAAAGGGGCUAUGUAUUAUGAGUUCAGACGUAAUUCAAGAUCUGUGAAAUCAACGAUACCUCAUCUCCAGUUGAGGAACUUGGUUUGGGCAACAUCAAAGCAUGAUGUUUACUUUAUGUCACAUUUUUCUGUUACUCAUUGGUCAGCAUUAACUUGUAACAAGACUGAGGUUCUUAAUGUUUCUGGUCAUGUCGCUCCAUGUGAGAAACAUCCAGGAAGUCUACUGGAAGGAUUUACCCGGACUGAAGUUAGCACACUUGCAGUAAAUGAUAGGUUACUUGUUGCUGGGGGGUUUCAGGGAGAACUCAUUUGCAAGAAUUUAGAUAGACCUGGAGUUUGCUUCUGCACGAGGACAACAGACGUUAACGCACUUACUAAUGUAGUAGAGAUCUACAACUCUCAGAGUGGUGCAGUUCAUUUCACAGUUGCCAACAAUGAUUGUGGAGUUAGAGACUUUGAUAUGGAAAAAUUUCAGCUAUCUAAACAUUUCAGCUUUCCUUGGCCAGUGAAUCACACUUCCUUGAGUCCUGAUGGUAAACUUCGUAUAAUUGUUGGAAAUAACCCAGAGGGUAUGUUGGUCGACUCCGGAACUGGGAAGAUGGUCGCGUCUUUGGUUGGUCACUUGGACUUCUCAUCUGCAUCAGCAUGGCACCCUGAUGGCCUCACCUUUGCUACCGGGAAUCAGGACAAAACCUGCCGAAUUUGGGAUGCCCGAAACCUAUCCAAGUCAGUGACGGCUUUGAAGGGGAAUCUCGGAGCCAUCCGAUCGAUUCGCUACUCAUCCGAUGGUCAUUUCAUGGCAAUGGCAGAGCCUGACGAUUUCGUCCAUGUUUUCGAUGCCAAAAGUGGGUAUGAGAAGGAACAAGAGAUCGAUUUCUUUGGCAAGAUAUCUGGCAUGUCUUUCAGUCCUGACAUGGAAUCGCUCUUUAUUGGAGUGUGUGACGCUUUUGAUGUGCGUGCCGAUAUUGGAGUGUGGGACCGUACAUUUGAUGGCCUUCUUGAGUUUGGCCGACGAAGGAAUAACUCAUGCCCUGAUUCUAUCAUCUGAGUGGGUGAUUGGACCUCUCUGCAAAUAAGUGUACAAAUAAAUAUGCAAAAGGGGGCUCUCUCAUUCUAUCAUCUCAGUUGGCAUAAAAAUGUAAUUAAUGUGUUGUGGGAUUUAGGUUGUAGUGUUCUUUUAGUAGGAGUGUUCUGUUUGGAGUAAUUGUGAGUCGUCGGAGGCAGGGUUGUACCGAAGGCUGAGAAGCAUUGGUAAUGCAAACAGAGAAACUUGAACUGGGUUUGCUCAAAGAUGUGUCAUUUCAAGUCCCAAUUUUGAGAUAUUGUAAUGGUUGUAUUUUUUUUUAGAAUAACUAUAUGC